AUGCCAGCGAGUGAGAAGAAUCAGGACACCCCAGAAGCUGGCCCGCUCACCAUCACCCAAAGUGAGGAGGAAAAUGUUCAGACGUUGGGAUCCCCCCACCUCCAGGCACCCCAGAUUCGCAAGGAAGCGGGCUCAGAAGGAUACGACUCAUUCGAAUCCAUAUCCCCAAUGCCUCAAGUACCCAGAAAUCCUCAAGGUCCCUCCCCGACCCUGUCUGCUGGGGCCAUCGCUGGCAUCGUCCUGGGGGUUGUGGCCGCCAUUGCUAUUUCCCUGGGCUUGCUGUGCUUCUUCUGCUUCCGAAGGAAAACAACAGAGAGUCCACCCAGCAGUCCAGAGGAGAUCGACUCGGUGUCCGGUUCAAUGAGCUCAACAUCCUCCUUUCUCACUGCCCAUGGCCUGCCCACUGCUGCCCAGGACACCCCAGGAGCCGGCUUGCUCACCGUCACCCGAAGUGAGGAGGAGGAUGUUCGGACCUUGGAAUCCCCCCACCUCCGGGCACCCCAGAUUCGCGAGGAAGUGGGAUCAGAAAGAUACGACUUGUUCGGAUCCGUGUCCCCAAUGCCUCAAGUGCCCAGAAAUCCACAGGUGCUGCUGACCAAGCCGACACUCACAGCCAGCCUGUCCUUGGUCACGGAGCACAAAGGGCCACUGACGCUGCAGUGUGAGACCCCGGACACCGCGGUCACCAUCCACUGGCUCUUCCAUGGCCUCCCCCUGGUGCUGGGAACGCACAUGAGUGUGUCGGCCGAUGGCAGAAACCUCACCCUCACCACCGUGCAGCGGACAGACUUCGGCACUUACCAGUGUGAAGCCCGAGAUGGGGGUCAGUCCCAGAAGAGCAGCCCCCAGAACAUCACGGUCAACUAUGGCCCUGACCUGGUGAACAUCAGCAGCAGCACACAGGACAUGCCUGGACCCAUCCUCGAGGCCGUCCUGGGCUCCAAACUGACCCUGUACUGCCAUGCGGAUGCCCACCCCAGCCCUCAGUACCACUGGACCUCCAGGAACCAGACAUUUGACACCAACCAGCUUGUCUUUGAGGCCCUGACCUGGGAGGAUGAGGGAGAGUACACCUGCACGGCCACGAGCCCUCAGACUGGCAAGAGCAGCUCCAACUCGGUGGUGCUCAAGGUGUGGGGUCCUUCCACAAGCCUGUCUGCAGGGGCCAUCGCUGGCAUCGUCCUGGGGAUCUUAGCAGCCAUUGUUCUGGGCUUGCUGUUCUUCUUCCUCCUCAGAAGAGACACCCAGUUCCGUGGUGUCUGUGCUGAUUAG